AUGUCUUUUGCUGGCAAACUUGUCGCCGUAACGGGCGCAGCCUCUGGGAUCGGCCUAGCCGCCGCUCGAUUACUCGCCCAACGUGAGAACAGCCCUAAGUCACAAAUUCUAACAACAGCGUUGGAUGUCCGCGAUUCCGCACAGGUCGACUCGUGGAUCAAAAAAAGCACAGACAAACUGGGUCCUUUAUACGGAGCAGCUAACGUUGCAGGAGUCGCUGAAAAGCAAUUAUCGAGCGAUCCCCUCGACGCUGCAGAUUGGGAUCAUAUAAUCGGGACUAAUCUGACGGGGGUGAUGCAUUGUGUCCGGGCGCAGGCCAGGAACGCAUCUUCUGAGGGCGCAUCUAUUGUGAAUGUCUCGAGUAUCGUAGGGUUAACAGCUGUUGCAGGGGUCGGGCUGGCAUACACAGUCAGUAAACAUGGAGUUGUGGGAUUGACGAGGAGGAUUGCUCAGCAUUUGGCGCCGAAGAAUAUCAGGGUGAAUUGCGUGGCACCUGCGGUGGUCUCUACACCACUUACUGAGAAGACACUCAAAGACCAUCAAAUCCCCGAGAAUUUAAUGUCGGAUAUGCAGAGGCUCGCUAAACCGGAAGAAGUAGCGAGCGUGAUCGCCUUUCUUCUCAGCCAGGAAACCUCAUUUGUGACGGGGUCUACAUACCCUGUGGAUGGGGGCUAUUUGUACUGA